ACAAACUCAAAACACAGAGAACAGAGAGAGAGAGAGAGACUCCAUUGUUGAAGUGUGUUCACUGAACUCCUCCUCAAACAACAAUGGCGACGACGGUUACACUCAAAUCCUUCACCGGACUUCGUCAAUCAUCAACGGAGCAAACAAACUUCGUCUCUCAUGUACCGUCAUCACUUUCUCUCCCUCAACGACGGACCUCUCUCCGAGUAACCGCAGCCAGAGCCACUCCCAAACUCUCCAACCGUAAACUCCGUGUCGCCGUCAUCGGUGGUGGACCAGCAGGCGGGGCAGCUGCAGAGACUCUAGCACAAGGAGGAAUCGAGACGAUUCUCAUCGAGCGUAAGAUGGACAAUUGCAAGCCUUGCGGUGGCGCGAUUCCUCUCUGUAUGGUCGGAGAAUUCAACUUGCCGUUGGAUAUUAUUGAUCGGAGAGUGACGAAGAUGAAGAUGAUUUCGCCGUCGAACAUUGCUGUUGAUAUUGGUCGUACGCUUAAGGAGCAUGAGUAUAUAGGUAUGGUGAGAAGAGAAGUUCUUGAUGCUUAUCUGAGAGAGAGAGCUGAGAAGAGUGGAGCCACUGUGAUUAACGGUCUCUUCCUUAAGAUGGAUCAUCCGGAGAAUUGGGACUCGCCGUACACUUUGCAUUACACUGAGUACGAUGGUAAAACUGGAGCUACAGGGACGAAGAAAACAAUGGAGGUUGAUGCUGUCAUUGGAGCUGAUGGAGCUAACUCUAGGGUUGCUAAAUCUAUUGAUGCUGGUGAUUACGACUACGCAAUUGCAUUUCAGGAGAGGAUUAGGAUUCCUGAUGAGAAAAUGACUUACUAUGAGGAUUUAGCUGAGAUGUAUGUUGGAGAUGAUGUGUCGCCGGAUUUCUAUGGUUGGGUGUUCCCUAAGUGCGACCAUGUAGCUGUUGGAACAGGUACUGUGACUCACAAAGGUGACAUCAAGAAGUUCCAGCUCGCGACCAGAAACAGAGCUAAGGACAAGAUUCUUGGAGGGAAGAUCAUCCGUGUGGAGGCUCAUCCGAUUCCUGAACAUCCGAGACCACGUAGGCUCUCGAAACGUGUGGCUCUUGUAGGUGAUGCUGCAGGGUAUGUGACUAAAUGCUCUGGUGAAGGGAUCUACUUUGCUGCUAAGAGUGGAAGAAUGUGUGCUGAAGCCAUUGUCGAAGGUUCACAGAAUGGUAAGAAGAUGAUUGACGAAGGGGACUUGAGGAAGUACUUGGAGAAAUGGGAUAAGACAUACUUGCCUACCUACAGGGUACUUGAUGUGUUGCAGAAAGUGUUUUACAGAUCAAAUCCGGCUAGAGAAGCGUUUGUGGAGAUGUGUAAUGAUGAGUAUGUUCAGAAGAUGACAUUCGAUAGCUAUCUGUACAAGCGGGUUGCGCCGGGUAGUCCUUUGGAGGAUAUCAAGUUGGCUGUGAACACCAUUGGAAGUUUGGUUAGGGCUAAUGCUCUAAGGAGAGAGAUUGAGAAGCUUAGUGUUUAAGAAACAAAUAAUGAGGUCUAUCUCCUUUCUUCAUCUCUAUCUCUCUUUUUUUGUCUGUUAGUAAUCUAUCUACACUAAUGUUGUUACUCUUCAAUGUAUUCAGUAUCAUAUUUAUGUUUUCUGUUCAUUGAAUUAGUCAAAAAGCAUUUGGCUUUACAAUCCCCAAUUUCUCACUAAAAACAGAUUUCACAAACCACUAGUAAAUUCACUUGAGAAACCACACAAGAGAUACUUCAUUUCUUCAUCACUCUCCAUUCCUGCUUCAUCAACCGACUCAUCACUAGGAACUGAUCCGCUGCUUGAACACGAGGGUACUUGAGACUGAUCGGACUUGAGACUUCUCUUCUUCUUCCUCUUGUGGUUAGCCUUGAAACAAGCUUGUCUUAGCCUCUUUGUCUUGUCCUUAAACUCCAAAUCCGGCAAAUCCUCAAUUGUCCUCUUCUCCUUCUCAAGCAUCUCCAACGCGUCCUGCAGUUUUUCUGCAUUCUCUUCGCCUUCCAUCUUCUGCAGCUCCUAUUCAUAUGAUAAAACAUUUGAGUUCAAUUAUCUGAAAACAAUAAUAUUAAGUGUAGUGCCUUGUUCUACAUACCUUGACGUUAC